AUGGAAAUUUCAACAUCCAUAACAAAUUAUUUCAAUAAUAAUGACAUUGACAAUGAAAGAAAAACUAAUGUUAAUUCUUACUUCUCACUGGAAUUAUUACGCGAAAUCUUUCUAUAUUCAGUAAAUCAAACAGGAGACGAUCAAUUAACCGUCACACGACUUAAAUCAUGGCUCGAUCAAGUAGACAUAGCUUCUGAAAAAGUAUUCGACCUAGUCUACCAAGAGCGAUUUCAGCCUGCCUACGGAAUAGGCACAAAACCUGAUCCACGAAAAGGAUUCUACUGGUAUCAGAAAUCGGCGCUCGGCGGUAACAACACUGGCAUGUUCAAUCUUGCAAAUUGUUACCAGUUUCAAUGGGCCACCUUGCAAGAUAUGCACCAGGCGCUGAAAUGGUAUCGAUUAUCUGAGAAAAAUGGGAAUGAGAGUGCCACUAGGGAAAUUGAUU